AUGAAGGACUAUGGGCUUGGUCCAAAUGGCGCAAUUAUCACGAGCCUAAAUUUGAUGUGCACAAGAUUCGAUCAGGUACUGACGAUGAUACGACAACGCGCUAGCCAGUAUAGUGCUUGCUUGAUAGAUACUCCUGGUCAAAUUGAGGCCUUCACUUGGAGCGCAAGUGGAUCGAUAAUCACAGAUUCUUUGGCUAGCAGCCAUCCUACUGCAAGUUUUAUGAGUGUACUUCGUUACCAAGCAGCAGAUGUUGUCGUAUAUGUAGUGGAUUCUGCUAGAGCAACGAAUCCGACUACCUUCAUGUCAAAUAUGCUCUACGCCUGCUCUAUUCUGUAUAGGACAAAAUUGCCAUUCAUCGUAGCUUUUAACAAGGCUGACAUCGUCUCUCCAGCGUUCGCUCGUAGCUGGAUGCGUGAUUUUGAAAGGUUCGAUAAGGCCUUGGAGGAGAACCGGAGUUCUUACAUGAAUGAUCUUAGUCGAUCACUGUCCUUAGUACUAGAUGAAUUCUAUUCAGAUUUGAAGACAGUAGCUGUCUCCUCAGUCACUGGGGAGGGUAUGGAGGAUUUUAUGAAAGUUCUUGGAGAAUGCGUGGUACAAUAUAAAAAUGAGUAUAUACCUAUGUAUGAACGUAUAUUGGAGGAGAAAUUGAAAUUGGAUGAACAGGAAAAAAAAAGGAAAUCAGAGGAGAUCGCGUCUGAAAUGGAAGUGUUGAGUUUACAUCCACUAGAAGAACCACCACAAAUACAAGAGAAAAUUCAUAUUGGAGGUGUGGAUGAAGAAAACGCAGAAGAUGCGAAUAUACUUCGUGCUUGA